AUGGCUUCCCGCAACUCGAACGCGUCUCUAUCACUUUUCCAGCUCGUCGCGCUGGUCGCGGCCGUUUCCAGUCUCUUCGUCGCCGUGGUCGAUGCCCACGGAUAUGUCACCUCCCCUGCUUCGCGCGCCUACAUGUGCAAGCAAGGAUCGGCCAAGGACUGUGGCGAGAUCCAGUACGAGCCACAGUCGGUCGAGGCGCCCAAAGGUCUUCCCUUCAGCCGCAGCGGUGAUGGCAAGCUCUGCUCAGCUGGUCUGAGCCAGUUCUCCCAGCUCGACCGUCAGGGCAAAGGCGCUUGGCCCACGACCAAAACCAACAACAUCAAGUCCUUCUCCUGGACUUUCACCGCACAGCACGCCACCACCGACUUCAAGUACUACAUCACCAAGGCUAACUGGGACUCGUCCAAGACCGGCGGCCUUUCGUCCAGCGACUUUGAGUCUAGUCCCUUCCUCACCGUACCCAUGGGCGGCAAGCCUCCGUCCGCCUCGGAGACCCAUGACCUCUCCCAGGCUUUGCCAUCGCGUUCCGGCUACCACGUUGUCUACGCUGUGUGGACCGUCAGCAACACCGAAAAUGCCUUUUACCAGUGCAUGGACCUCGACUUUGCCGGCAGCAACAGCAAUACUGGUGGAGGUUCGUCGCCCAGCGCUUCUACUCCAUCGCCUUCUGCCACCUCCACGGCGGUCAGUCCCAGCGGAACGGCAUCCGGCAAGUCUCCUACCUCGCCUUCUUCUGGCUCCACCUCUUCCGGUUCCGAUGAUGACAACGGAGACGACUCUGGCGAUGCCAAUUCUAGUGAUGGCUCUAGUGGUAGCUCCAGUGAUGUCAGCGAUGUCUCCAGCGAUAACUCUGGCAACGCUUCGUCCUCUGACGACAGCGGGAGCUCUGGCGCGACUACUCCCAAGCCUAAGAGCCACGCCUCGCAGGGCAGCAGUUGCCGCAUGAGGAAGCAACGACGUGCCCCGAGCGCUUCCGUGCUUGCUGCUCGCGGCGAUUACCGACGUCGCAAGGCCCACAUGCGCCGCGCCCAACACAUCUGA